UACAUCCUAACAGUGGCGGCUGUGGACAAUCCGGAUAUAUUCUAUCCUCUACCAUGUACGUGGAACUUUCAGUUGCGUCGUGAAGUUGGUAUUUCAAAAUGCCCCACCACUUGGAGUCAUUCAAACAGUUCGGGUGUUCAAGAUCCGCACAUUAUUCACGCCAGUAUGGCCAGUAAAUUGGAGACGAACUUCACUCUUGAAGAGCCAACAUUUCUAGCUAAAAAUGUUCACGAUCUCAUCAAGCGAUAUGUAUUUCACCGAAGUCGAUUUAAUAUCAUGAAUGGCUAUGAGUUCCGCCACGAUCCCAUCAAAGUUCCACAAUUUUCAUUUUCAAAGGCGAUGGAGAGUCAUCAUUCGAGUGGAAAGUUAAUGAGUUCUCGGUCCAUCUGUCCUUCACAGGGGGAUAGACUUCAAUCUAUUUGUCAUUCACUGGAUACGUUCACAUUUACAACCAAUCAUCGAAUUCAUCCUCAUUUUGCCAGCCAAGAUCACAACUCUCUUACCAGACACACCUCCGGUGUGUCACUUGCGAUUUCUCUGAAUAUUAAGGACAUUUCCAAAAUGACUGAACUCGCCAAUCAAUGGACAGGUUGGCUGAGCGUGGCUGUUUACGGUACAGAUGGAGAGACCAUUGCACUACUCAAAUUUCUAAAUACGUUUGAGCCCAUUGGAGAGGGGAGGGCGAAUAUCUUCUUCCAUUAUGUAUACCAAAAUGAUUCUUUUCUGGAGAGAGUUGCGUUGCAUAAUGUUGCUGUUACUUACGCGCCAACUCAAACGGUUCUGCUAGUACCAAAUCUGGAUGUUGAUUUUUCCUCACUAGAAACCUUGGCUAAUAGUAUUUUGGUGAAAUCCCAGUCCCCAAAUGCCAUUUUAAUGGCAUCCAACUUCGAUGACCAGUGCACCGCUUUCCGUAAUCAUCUUUGCGCCAUCACUCUCGAUAGAAUUAAGACCCGAGACAUGAACUUCACAGAGAGCAUUCAGGGAUUGAUGAUUCAAACUGGGAGCUCUCUGUUACCGGAGGAGGCGGCUCAUUUUGACAAACAAACCCAAUUUCUUGCACUUAUCGCAAAUUCAUUAUCUGAUUAA